AUCAUCAACACCACUUUUUAUGAUAACAUUUUUUUUUUAAAACUUGUUUGAAAUUCACUUGGACCUUUUUGUUUUGUUUUUUUUUAACCCAUUUCCUCUCCUUCUUUAUAGCAAUUCUGGCCACUACUUUGUAAACACACAGCGCCUAUUUAUUUGUUGUAUGUAUUCAUUAUGCUACCAUUAUUUAAAAGUAAUGUUAGCUAGCAAUAACUUAAAUAUCGUUAGCUAACAGUAGCAGCGUAGCCAUUCUGUCCAUCAAGUUUGUUUCUUUUGUACCGUUUCCUUUAAAUUCUUGAAACUAUCAAUAUUUUCUUCUGUAUCUCUGGCAGUUUAUCCUCUAACAGUUAAAUAAUUCGUUUUUCAUUAGACUGGCUCAACAGGUGGCUGUUUUGAUGAACAAAUAACAUUUAAAAAAUUUACAGCCUAUGGCUGCUAACCAACAUGUACAAAUGUAUAUUUAGCUAACGCUUUUGUUUUUGUGAUUGGUAGCUCACUACAUGAGUCAAAUAGCUGUACACAGUUUAUCCACCAGAGUGCGCUGAAAGUUACCGUAAUCCUACUAAACUUUAUAGACAUACAAUCCUCUACAUACAAGUGAAGCAUAAACAUACUUUCACAAGUUUGUCGCUUGAUUACAUGAGUGGAGCAAUUUCCUGAGCGAGCUCAGAGCUGAGCAGAGGCGUCUUCCUCCCGCACACACCAGAGACGUUCUCUGUGGGGUUUGAACCUUUUUUUUAAAGACCAUACAGAUUAAGUGCGGAUGUCCUUGGAUGUUUAGAUGAAAAUCAUUUUUACCGUUAAGAUGGAUGUUUGGGUUCUUAAAGUGCACUUCUGUACCUGGACAGUGAUGAGUCUCCUGAUUGGUGUGUUUUCUUAUGGAGUGACAGUUAGAGACUUUCAGCUGGAGAUCUGCAAAGAAAACACACGGGUGUGUGUCACCACCCCUGCAGACUGUGACCCUCGCCCACCCUCAUCCACACAGAGUACUCUGAACAUGUCGUGUUACUACCAAAAGUCUGCAGACAGACGAAUAUCCAUGACAUGUGAGUGGAGUCUAGACUCAAACAGCGACACUGAGACUACCGCCUCCCUGAUUUUCAGCAGGGACCACGAAAUUAUAUCCUGUCAGGGCAUCUUCAACUCAGCAUCCAUUGUCAAUGUGACAGCAAGGAUUAAAAACCACAUGACAGAGAUCUGGUCUGAGCCUCACAGUAUCUUUCUUUUUGAAGCAGUCAAGCCCCCUACACCUGUAUUAACUGUGCUCAGCUCUACUGAGGACUCACUUGUCGUGUCUUGGACAAGCAGCGGUGAUGGCAGAUGUCAGCUUCGUUACAGACUCGACAGCGAGGACAUAUGGACCAAGGUUCCAGAUUUAUCUGCAAACCUGACGUUGAAUUACACCAUCAAAGACCUCCUGCCGUUUACAGUCUACAGAGCUGCUGUGGCCUGCAGGGAACAGAUCUUCUGGAGUAACUGGAGCUCUGAAAUGAGAGGAAGAACACUGGACAGAGUUCCUUCCAGGCCACCAGAAGUGUUUUACAGACUAGAGAAAAAAGGUGGAUCUCUGGAAGUUCAUCUCAUUAUAUUGAAGACUCCUGAGUCUCUUGAAACUGAAGGUCGAAUCCUUGGAUACCAGAUGAGCUAUAAAGAAGGUGGACUGAUUCAAAACACCACUGAUGUGACACGCCUAGUGGUGAAGGAGGGGAACUGCAGCAUCACAGUCAGAGCCUUCAACACAGCUGGCUACGGCCCUGCUGCCCAUCUCAGCUUCAGCACACAAAGACAGAAGAUGCUGGUUAUGACAUCUCUUCCCUCUGUCAGAAACAUGUGGAUUUCCACCUCUUACCCAGGAAAAAAUGAGCUUCUGGUCCAGUGGAAGAUCCCCAUCAACCAAGGUCACACCCUGCCUGUCAGUUAUUUCCUGAUUCAGUGGCACCCUGAGAUGAGUCCAUCCACCAGCCACUGGUCUCGAGUUGACGGCUUCAUCACCUCCACCGUCAUACGAGAUGUUGACCCUAAUAAGGAGUACCUGAUCAGUGUGUUUCCCGUUUACAACCAGCAGUAUGGGUCUCGUCAGUCUCUGCCGGCAAGUCUGCAGUACGGAGCUUUGAUGGAGGUGGUCAAUCUGAGUGUCAGUGUGACUAAGACAUCAGUGACCAUUAUGUGGGAGUGGCAGAGGAAGUCUGAGCCAGUCAGAGUGAGCAGAUAUGAAGCAGUUCUGAGGAAAGACUCAGACAAACAAUCUUUACCUUUGUGGCCAGAUGACCAGCAGCACACUUUCUAUGACCUGAUGCCCAAUGCUCAGUAUUCUGUUACGCUGUUGGCUGAUAAUGUUUCUAAAAGCAUCGUUCAAAUGACGACAGAUUUCGAUGAUGUAACGGUGGUGGCUACAGCGAUUCCUCUGCUGCUGGUUGCUGUCACUGUGUUAAUCCUCUCCAUCCUGUCCAGGAAUCUGUACAAGUCGUACUUCUUCCCGCUAAUCUCUAGCCCUCGACUAAGCAAAACAGGCCAGUGGCUGAUGGAUCCAAACCACGAGAAAUUUGCAGAGAGGAGCAUCCUUAAUAUUGAAGACUUCCAGGUGACUGAUGUCCUCAGAGACAAAAGUCUCAUCAUAGUUGAGCGAACCUCUCAGCUCUUACCAGAUGAUGACCAGCGUGAGGAUACCUCUCUGCUGUUGAUUGGCUGCCUCACUCUAGACUCUGAGUAUGUUUCUUAUAGUGCACAACCCACAGAGAACCAGUCCCGUCCUCCUAUCAAGGUUUUCAUAUCAGAAGAAAAUCAAGAGGCUGCCGGCGCUCCGCUACACGAAACCAAGCUCUGGCUUCCUCAGAGCGACAAGGACAGAAAUCAGGCUGACAUCUCCGAGAUAUCACAUCAGACCGAGGCUGCUGUGAGAAGUCACUUUCCUGGUUUGUUGACUGAAAGUCAGCCUGUUUAUCCGAUGACCUGUGAGACAGAGUACGUGUUGAAUUGGGGCAGGCAGAGUGACUGCUCUUAUCUGAUCUGUGAUGCAGGUUACAUUUCUAACAGUGACACAGGGUGAAAACACAUUGAGACAGACUCAGCAACUUCAGCAACAAAUGAGCUCAGAUAAGAUGUGGCCCAAAGGUUUAUUACAGCAAGGAAAACAAUGGCCUGUCUUGUGGGGCAGACUCAUCGGCUCUGCAUUUUUGCUUUUUUUGGUAUUUUUGUAUAAAGAAAAUAUAGAAAGUUCCACAGCAGCAUAAUAAGUAAGGAGGGCCUCCUUUUUUAUCUUAAGAUCAUUGUUACUCCAUGUUUGACAUGCUCAUCUUGGUGUCCGCAUUUAAUACGCUGUAUAUUACAUGUAUUUCAUAAGGUGAACGUAUGUGAUCGUUGUAAGAUGUGGGUGCCACCAGACACUCUGAAAUAUGAUAACAUUCAGCCAAAUACUUAACUGAAGUACAUGUUCUUCUCUCUACUUCACUAUGUUUUGGUUAUGAACAUUAUACUUUUAUUCUGUACCAAUUAUUGUAAAGAUCUGGUUACUAAUUAUUUUGCAAAUUUGAAAAUGUUAAUCUACUAUUGCAUUAUGCUGCACUAAUAUAGAUAAAGCAACCCA